AUGCUUCAAUUUUUUUAAAGAUUAGAGAACCCUGAUGCUAAGUUUCACUUAUAUGAUUCCUAUUACAGAAUAAAAAAGAUAGAGAAGGUCUGCCUCAAAGAAAAUGUAGAUGGCUUAUUAAUUAUUAAUGGAAUAGAUUCGAAAGAGAAUUACGAGUACACCAAAUUGAUGAAUUGGGUGUUUUUGGGUCACAGUGGAAUUGAGAUUGAAACAAAUGAAUAUUUGGACAACACCUUGAGUGAAACAAUAUUUGUAAUAACCAAAGAUCACAUGAGAGCAUACUGUGAUUAACAAGGCUUUAGGCAAUUAAAACCCUAUUUAUUAUAAAUGCCAAAUCUCAAACUAUUUGUCCCUACCAUCAAAGAGGAUGAGAACAAGGAUGAAAGUGAAGUUUUAAAAAUGGCUCAAUUUGUGAAAAUGAUGCAAGGCUUAAAAAGAAUUGGAGUCUUGCUCCCAUAAGAGAAAAAUAGAAAUAUCGAAAAGUGGCCUAUUAUACAGGGUUAUGGAUUAUUGGGAAAUGGGUUUUUUUCAAUGCAACAUGAAAUUGUGAAUAUGACUGAAAGAAUCAAUUAGUUAUACAAGCCACAUGACAAGCAUUCAAUGAAAACUCUAAUAAAUGUAGUUUCUUAAAGAUUGAAUGGCCAUGUCUCAGGAUCCGUAUAAUUGUUGUCAGAAAUUGCUAUCAAAAAAAGACCUGCAGUUACAAGCGAAUAAAUGGUUGAGAUAUUUCUUGAUACAUUUGAAAUCGAAGAGAACAAAUACGUUAAGCGAUCUAAUAAAUUAACACCUACAGUCACCUUCGGAAAUUGCAGUUCAUAGGAGAAAUUGCCAUUACAUUUAACCAUGGAGAGCAGUGAUCUCUACUCUUCUCUUCGCUUUUCUAGAACAUACUUUCUUACCAAACAAGUUAGCAAAGAAAAUGUUAUCAUUCCUAUACAUGAUGAUUUCGAGCAUUUUGUUAAAGAGUAUCAAUAUCAAAUCAUUGAGCAUUCAUAUCAUAAAGAUGAAUGUUUAUUAAUUGAAAUUUAUAAGGCAUUGAUUGAAAGCUUUUAUUCUGCCUUGUAAAUGAUAUGCCAAGACUAUAGGAAGAUGACUAACUAAUUGAUAUUUGAAUUAUCCCAAGAAAGAUUGACUGCAACGUUGGCUAAUUACAAAUUGUAAUUCCUAAAUGACAACCUGAUUGUAACUGUAACUAGCUACAAUGCCUUCGGUGAAGAAGUGGCAAUCAAUUUUAAGGAUCCUAUAUCUUUUAAGCUCACACCUUAAUUCUUUUCAAUAAGAUUAGAGUAUAGGAGUGUUCCGUCAUAAGUUGUAGGCGGAACCAUUUUGGGAAAUGUAAUUUUUUCUGAUUCGUUCAUUCUCCAAGAGAACUGCUAUUACAUUAUUACUAGCAAUAUACCUCAUCUCUAAAUUGUCAACACAGAUGCUAGAUUCUCAGAUGACAUUGAGAAAGUCAAAAAGAAAUUGCCUCUGGAGAAACUGGGCUAGUAGAUUUCAGAGAAGGUUGAUAAAAAUAGACUAUUCCUCCCAUCUAAACAUGCUCUAUUGGAAAUACCUAUUUAAAUUGCUUCAUAUAUCUUACAUGAAAAUGGCAUCAGAAUAUUUACAAAUGAGUUGGGCUGGUUCUUCAUUUUGUUUGAUUAAAUGAAGAAGAUCAAGUUUACUUAGGGAUUGGAAUCUGUUUGGAUGAUAUUUAUGACUGAACCUAUACUCUGUGCAUCUUUGUAAGCCAAGACCGUUGCAUUGGAAUUCGUAGGCAAGUCAGUUGAUUAAGUCUAUAUGAAAAUGAUCAAUAUUCUAAAAGAAAAUGAGAUCAAAGUGGAUUACACUGAGAAUCCUAAGGAAUUCCAAUUGACUAGAUUGGGAUAGAUGAUUUUGAAGAAGGAACAAAAAGUUCCAUUAUUAGGGAAUAUAAUUAGAGAAUCCUCAUUUUUAUUGGAUUACUUAGAAUCAAAACAAUUAGUUAUCUUGACUUAAGUCAAAAGUGAUCUCAAAUUAUUAAACUAUUUAUCUUUACAAGAUGAAUCCAAACAAAUAGAUGAUAGAAUUGGAAUCAUUCUAAUCACAGGUUCCUAUAGUAGUGGCAAGACUAAAUUUGCUUAAUCUUUGCAAAGAUAUGCAACUGAUUUUAAUUAGAAAGCCUAGGUUUUGAGUUUCAGUUUGUUGGAACAAUCCAUUUUGGAUGAGGAAGGAUGGCUCAAUAAAUUAGAAAAUCAAUUGAAGUAUUCCCAAGAGUAAUGCAUAUGUGUUGUCCCAUUCUACUUAUCAGUUGAUAUUAUUGUGCAACAAUUAAGUAAUGGAAAACUUAGUAAAUUUGUAUACAUUAAGAAUGUGGUUAAUAAAAUCAACAUUAAUAACAUCUAUCAGAAUGAAAAUUGCUAACCCAUUGAGAACUUGGUAAGUCAAAGUCUGCCCGGCUACUGUUAAUUCACUAUCCUGGACUCCUUUGGAAAUGAGGAAUCUGAAGUAGAGGAGUACUUUAAGAUCUUUAGAACUGUCUGUCUUAAAUCUAACAUAUAUCGUAUUACCAAUAAUAUGAUAUAAUCAUCUGUGGCCAAAGAAAUAUAUUCAUGCACAUCCUACAAUUCAACUCAAAAUGCAUUUCUUAGAAGCAAAUUGGCAUCCUAUAAAAGUCAAACUACUACAUACCAAAAAGUAUUCAUUCACAAUGCUAUUCCUUGUGUGAAAUAAUUCAGAAAAAUCCUAAGAGAACUUUUCAAGACUUCAUAAUCCCAAAAGGCAUAAGCAAGUAACUAUGAGAAACUGUCAGAAAUUGAUAAAUUCAUCUUCAGAGUUAAGGAGUUCAAUUCUCCAUAAAAACCAAGUUUGUCAUAUCUAAAAGCUUUUCUCAGAUUCGAAGGACAAUUAGAUAAACUGUAUGAGUACACAGCCAAUCACAAUUAUACUGUAGAAAGAUAAGUCAAAUCUGUAAAUAUUCUACUCAAAGAACAAUUGAUUAAUGGCUCUAAACUGUAAAUACCCUCCUAUGUUGGAUGGGAUACUCAUUCCAAUUUAGGCUUUUUUAUGGUCGGCUAAAAUAUUACAAAGGAAAUCUGCUAAUAGUACAUAGGGGAAUUGAUCCAAAAAAUGAAGCCCUUAUAAGCUCUAUUGACUAAAAAUGAUUUAUCAAAGGAAAUUAUCAAGGAGAUCGAAUUUGAAAAUAGAAUUAUUGGAUUAGAAAAUGGAGAGUUUUAUGAUGGUCAAUUUAUUAGAAAUCAAGACGGGGAAAUCUUAGAACACCAUCCAAAAUUAGAUAUAUUUAUUUAAGAGUAUUUGAAAAUCCAAAAUCAGAAGAUAAUUGAGGCAAAUAAUUAAAUAUAAUAAGAAUGGAAUAAUUAUGUAAAUGCUCUUAAGUGUUGA